UUAUUUAUUUUCCUAUCUCCUCUAUUUAUUUAUUUAUUUACUCGUCUCUCUCUCCUCCCGGCUGGGGGAUGUGCGGCAUUUCCAGGGGGCGGAUUGCGCAUGUUGGUCCCUUCCCCGGUUUUAAAGUGCGCGAGGCGAGAAGCGGCGGGGAUGUAAACACGAACUUUUCCAGAUGGAAGAAAAACGACGGAAGUACUCGAUCAGCAGUGAUAACUCAGACACCACUGACAGUCACACCACAUCCGCGUCCAGAUGCUCCAAAAUCCCCAGCACCAAAUCCAGCUGGUCCCGUCAGAAGGAGAAGAAGCCCUCUGAGGUUUUCCGCACGGACCUGAUAACAGCCAUGAAGAUCCCUGACUCUUUCCAGCUCAGCCCUGAGGAGUACUACGUGCUGGCAGACCCCUGGCGCCAGGAGUGGGAGAAGGGCGUGCAGGUCCCAGCCAGUGCCGAGGCCAUCCCUCAGCCCGUGGUCAGAAUCAUACCCCAGCUGGAGAACCUGCCUUCCCCAGUGUCCCCCAGCAGCCUGCCGGGCUCUGAGAUUUCAGAAGCCACGAGGACGUACCUGCAGGGCAUGAGCCGUUACGACCUGGAUGAGCUGGAUGCCUGCUGGUUGGAGCUCGUGAACAUGGAGCUGAAGGAGAUGGAAAAGCCCGAGCUGGAUGAGAUCACCUUGGAGAGAGUGCUGGAGGAGCUGGAGACGAUGUGCUACGAGAACAUGAACAUCGCCAUUGAAACAGAGGAGGGUCUGGGCAUCGAGUACGACGAGGACGUGGUGUGUGACGUCUGCCGCUCGCCAGAGGGGGAGGAUGGCAACGAGAUGGUGUUCUGUGACAAGUGCAACGUCUGCGUGCACCAGGCAUGCUAUGGCAUCCUGAAGGUCCCCAUUGGCAGCUGGCUGUGCCGGACCUGUGCCCUCGGCGUCCAGCCCAAGUGUUUGCUGUGCCCGAAGAGAGGGGGAGCACUGAAGCCCACUCGGAGCGGGACAAAAUGGGUCCACGUUAGCUGUGCCUUAUGGAUACCUGAAGUUAGCAUUGGAUGUCCUGAAAAAAUGGAACCCAUUACAAAGAUCUCACAUAUCCCAGCAAGCAGAUGGGCUUUGUCCUGCAGCCUCUGCAAGGAGUGCACUGGGACCUGCAUUCAGUGCUCCAUGCCCGCCUGCGUCACCGCAUUCCACGUCACCUGCGCCUUUGACCACAACCUCGACAUGCGGACUAUUUUAGCAGACAACGAUGAAGUGAAGUUCAAGUCCUUCUGCCUGGAGCACAGCACCGGUGCCACCAAACUGCCUGAGGAGACACGGACAGAGCCUGAUCAAGCCCAGCUGGACCUGGAGAAGGUGACGCUGCGGAAGCAAAAGCUCCAGCAGCUGGAGGAGGACUUCUAUGAACUCGUGAAGCCUUCCGAGGUGGCAGAGAACCUUGAUUUAAGCGAGUCGCUGGUGGAUUUUGUCUAUCAGUACUGGAAGCUGAAGAGGAAAGCAAACUCCAACAAACCGCUGCUGACACCAAAAACGGAUGAAGUGGACAACUUGGCUCAGCAGGAGCAGGAUGUUCUCUACCGGCGCUUGAAGCUUUUCACACACCUCAGGCAAGACCUGGAGAGGGUUAGAAAUCUCUGUUACAUGGUGACGAGACGGGAGAAAAUGAAACACACCAUUUGUAAACUCCAGGAGCAGAUCUUCCACCUGCAGAUGAUUCUCAUUGAGAAAGAUCUUUACCCAGAACAAACUGGGAAGAAGACAAAGGGUAAGAAAAGUGAUCCGAGAAGGAAAGGAAGAGAUGGUAGAAAAAAUAGCCCUGAGAAGAAAGAAAAAAGGAAAUCAGUCAACGAAACUGUGUUGGGACAACUGGGCUUGUCGACUUCCUUCCCCAUCGACGGGACCUUCUUCAACAGCUGGCUGGCGCAGUCGGUGCAGAUCACGGCUGAGAACAUGGCCAUGAGCGAGUGGUCCCUGAACAACGCGCACCACGAGGACAGCACGCCCGGCCUGUCCGAGGAGCUGCUCCAGGACGAGGAGACGCUGCUCAGCUUCAUGAUGGACCACUCCCUGAGGUCGCCCUUCAAACAGAGCGAGGCCGCCAAGAAGGUGAAAAGCAAAAUGAGAACGAACACUAAGAAAAAGCUGCCCAGGAGCGGCCUGACCGCCGUCUUCAGGAGCCAGCAGGAGGGCUCGGAGCGGUGGACUAACCACACCAGCGACCUGUCAGAUGAUGCUGCCAAGCCCUGCGCCCAGGAAUCGCGGCCCGGCAGGUCGGAGAAAGGGGCGGCGAGGCCCGCGGACCGCAGGGGAUCAGGAGAGGCAAAAAGGGCGGCGAGGAAGGGGCCCGGCCCCAAAGGCAGCGACCCGCCGGCCCCGAGGGGCUGCGCCGGAGAGGAGGAGGCGGUGGUGGCGGCCAACGGCGCUCGGCCCGAGUCCAACCCCACGGCUCAAGUGCCUGACCCCGUAGGUAGCCCGAAAACCGUCGUGCGGUUCAAAUUACCAAAGGAGAGCCGAGGGACUCGGCGCUCGCAGCCCCCCAAGACCGAUGGCCCCGGAGGGCCCCCCCUGCACCGCUUCGAGGCCGAGACGGACGGCUACUUCUCCGACGCCGAGAUGAGCGACUCGGAUGGGGAGCCGCGGAGCGGCCGGGCGCAGCGGGGCCAGCUGGAGCCGGGCGGCGAGGAGAUCGUACGGAUGAGCAUCCUGGCUUCCUAACGGCACGCGGCCACCCCGCUCCUCCCGUCACAACUGCCAUGGCCAAUUUCUGCCUAGUAUCACAGCGAGAGGGGGAUUUUUAAUCUGUAUAUAUAGUUGGAAAUUCGGCACCGUUGUCUUUCUCUUCUCUUUUUGCCUGAGAUACAGCUUCAGCUUCACCAACGUAGAUUGCCGUGACAGUAGUUGUCCCCUCCGGCUGCCUCGCUUCCUGCGGAGGUGGCCACGCGAUGGGCAUUAUUCCAGAGGGGCAGAUCUCCCUCCUUGGGCUGUAUCGGGGUAAAGGCAGGGGCCGGGAGCUGAGCAGGGAAGCCAGCCAUGGGCACGUGCAUUGACAAGGGAGGAAAGUACACGAUGCUAACAUAAAUAACGACAAAAGCACAAUGAGUUUGGUGGGGGGGGAAGCGCUCGGGGCGGGAGAGAGCCACGUUACGUUUGUGUUUGUAGAAAAACCUCAGUCAUUGCUUUUUUUUCCCUUCUGAUUGGAAACCAUCCCAGGUUGUUCCUGUCCCCGAGGCGGCACCUCGGCCACGGCCCCCAGAAGCAGUUUGCUCAGGUUCAUGGGUUAGCGCUCAGCAAGCUGGAAUGGAGGCGUGGGGAAGGACAGAGAGGGAAAAAUCUUUUAGGAGCACUGGGGGGACUGGGCAGCCUGCACCCACCCGAGCCUCCCCUGCACAGCAGCGUGCUCAGCCCCAGGCACUGCAGCCAGGGGGAAGGAGCACGCUCAGCCCUCUGAUUUUCCAACAAAACGCUACAAUGGAAAUGGUGAAUUUAUUCCUCCCUGUCCUUUAUCCUGUUUUUUUUUUGUUUAUUUUUUUUUAUUUUUAUUUUAUUCCUUAAAUCCUGGUUAUGAGCUGUUGACUCCUUGUGGGAGGGUGAUUCACAGAAGCUGACAUUAUAAAUAUGACAAUAAUUUAAUGCAUAAAAUGUCCCCAAUAAGCCUUAAA